CAAAGUUUAACUAGAAAGUGGAAUCAAAGGGAACUUCCGAGUUCCAACUUCCUCGACUUCGAUCAGUACUCUGUUGUUCCUCUCCUUUCUUUCUUUCUAUAUUAACAAAUUCUUUAACUUCUUCUUUUCCUUUUUUAUUUAUAUCCAAAACUUGAAACCCCCAAAUCCAAUACUUUAAUAUCUCUCUCUCUCUCUUUCUCUCUCAAUUUCUGGAUUUUUUUUUUUGGAGAGAACAAGCCAAAAAAAAAAAACAAUGGGUACAGAAAUACCAGAAGGAACGUUACAGAACAUAAUGGAGCAAGAGUCUCUGAAAUGGGUAUUCGUGGGAGGCAAAGGUGGUGUGGGCAAGACCACCUGUAGCUCCAUCCUCUCUAUCCUUCUCUCUAGGGUUCGCUCCUCUGUUUUGAUUAUCUCCACCGACCCUGCUCACAAUCUCAGCGAUGCCUUUCAGCAACGUUUCACUAAGACCCCCACUUUGGUUAAUGGCUUCUCCAAUCUCUUCGCUAUGGAGGUGGAUCCUAAUGUUGAAAGUGAGGAUGUGGGCAGUUCUGAUGGAAUGGAUAGCUUGUUUUCUGAACUAGCAAAUGCAAUUCCUGGAAUUGAUGAAGCUAUGAGCUUUGCAGAGAUGCUAAAAUUGGUGCAAACAAUGGAUUAUUCUGUUAUAGUAUUUGACACUGCCCCAACUGGCCAUACACUGCGGCUGUUGCAAUUUCCGUCAACCUUAGAAAAGGGUCUCACGAAAAUGAUGUCCUUGAAAAAUAAAUUUGGUGGUGUAAUCAGUCAGAUGUCCCGCCUUUUUGGUGUUGAAGAAGAUUUUGGCGAGGAUGCAAUUCUGGGAAGGCUUGAAGGCAUGAAAGAUGUGAUUGAACAAGUUAAUAAGCAAUUCAAAGACCCAGAGUUGACAACCUUUGUCUGUGUUUGCAUUCCAGAGUUCCUCUCUCUUUAUGAAACAGAGAGACUGGUCCAGGAACUCGCCAAGUUUGAGAUAGAUACACACAACAUUAUCAUUAACCAAGUACUUUAUGAUGAAGAUGACGUAGAAUCCAAGUUACUUAAAGCUAGAAUGCGGAUGCAACAAAAGUACCUUGACCAGUUCUAUAUGUUGUAUGAUGACUUUAACAUCACCAAGCUCCCAUUGCUGCCAGAAGAGGUUACUGGCGUUGAAGCUCUGAAAGCAUUUUCAUGUCAUUUUCUGUCACCAUAUCAACCUUCCACCGGCACAGUGGAAGCGUUGGAGAGAAGGGUAUCCACACUAAGGCAGCAGCUGCAAAAUGCGGAAGCAGAACUAGAAAAACUGAGAAAGGGAAAACAAAAGGUCUGAUGAUGCUCUGGUCAAAGUAUGGCCUCUGUUGCAUUUUCCUUUCUUCAUUCUUUUCCAAGUGACAAUCAGGUGGCACCAUACCCCGCUUUAUGCUGCCAAGAGAAGUUCAUCUUCUGCUUUUGUUUUGGUUCAUGUUUUCUGUAGCUUAACUAAUUUAUAAUUUUUUACGUGAACCUUUCAGAUAUAAUAAAUGGUAUAUUUUACUUUCAUUGUGUGUUACACCCAGUGACAAUGUGACAUAUCAAUCAUGUGAUAAAUGUGAUCAAUGAUUUUGAAA